AUGAGUGACGCAAACAAGGAGCGAAACAGCUGCGUCUCAGCCAACGUGGGCGGGACGAUCCACGUCGUGGCCGACUUCGACCGCAACGAGUCGCAGAUCCAGGCCAUUCCGCUCCACAGGUGCACGAACUGCCAGGGCUACCUGAACUGCUUCUGCGAGGUUGUCUCGCCUGGAUUGAAGUGGCAGUGUGUCCUCUGCAAAAGGGUGAAUGUGGUGACUGAUCCAUUUGUGUACCGUGACAAUGCGUACAGACAGGCUGAGGCAGUCGAAGACUACAACAGAAGGACAUUUGAGUUUGUUCCCCUUGUUGACGAUGUCUACGAAAUUGAGGCACCUGAGAACUUCAGCAUCAAAACGACUGAGCCACCUGCCCUUGUUUUCGUAGUCGACUGCUCCCUGGAAGCCAGGAGAUGCGGGCUGCUUGAAAGUGUCCUGGACUCGGUGAAGGAGUCGCUGGAGCACGCAAUCAGCACCAACUGCUACGACGCACGCAGCCGAGUCGCCUUCUUCUUCUACGCCGAACACGCCUACGUUCUGAACAGAAAUGGAUCAAUAACUUGCGUGACUGGGCCAAUGCCAAUAAUGCUGAAGGAGGAGAUGAGUUUCAACCUCUACGAGGAGACUAAGGCCGUUCUGGCUGGGAUGGAGGGCGUCCUAGGCCACUUUGGUCGAAUCGAGUCGGGUCACACGAAUCUGCUUGCGGCUGUUCAGCUGGCUGCGACUGCCUUCAGGUCUGGAACAAUCUACGCCUUCAUUUCGUCAAUGCCAAAUUCAGGAAUUGGUGCCCUGAAACAGAAGAGCACCCUUCUUCCCCACGAGGAGUACGCGAAGACAGGGAGGAUCCUGAACAGCCGAAACAUCUCCCUGAGCCUCUACAUGUGCACCAGAAUGCCACUGGAAUACGCCCAGAUGAGGCCACUGGUAGUGGGAGGCGGACAGGUCUACCACUACGCCAACUACGAUGGGACUGAUCCAGUCUACGUCGAGAAGCUUCACAGUGAUCUACGAAACCAGAUUUGUAGCAAAACAGCCUACAACGCCUUGCUCCGAAUCAGGUGCUCAGAUGGGGCAGGAGUCAGACACGUAUUCGGAAACUGCAUCGAAAGAGGAAACAACCUCUUUGGCUACCCAAAUUACAGUCCAUCUCAUUCAAUCUGCUUCAACGUGGAUGUGGGGACUAGAAGUGAGCCAGUCUACUUUCAGAUGGCAAUGAUUCGCGUGAAUCAGCUUGGAAUCAAGACGAUCAAGGUUCAGACAAUCAGGGCAAAUGGAUCAGAGGGAGGAGACCCGCUCUACUCGGCCAUGGGCUGCUUCCAAAAUGCAGUUGAGAAGGAGCUCGUCAAACAGGGGACUGGUCGCGUCUUCCUGGACCAGUCACUGAAGACGCUCUUCAGCACCGGUCUCGAUAAGACCGCCCUAUCAACCUACUUUUCAGCCUACUCAAAGAAUCUCGUUCUGGACCAGUCGAUUUCAUCUGAUUUCAGGGCGUAUUACGCGUAUCUCUUCACCAACUCAUCAAUUGAGGUGUUGGCGGCCAUGUCGUAUCCAACACUGAUCAAUGUCGCAGACGCAGAGGUGGCUCUGCCGCUGAGCCAGGCCUCCUUGGUCUCAGAUGGCCUCUAUUUGAUGGAUUCUGGGGUGAACUUGUAUUUGUACGCUGGUGAGGGAUACGACACCAGGGGGCUGUUCAGCGAGGAGGUGACGAGUGGCGUGACGCUCUUCGACUGCUUCUCAGACAACGAGCUGGGCAGAUACGUCGGGGAGCUGAUUUCGUAUUUCACAGAAAGAAGAGCCAUUAAACCACGGUACAUUCUGGUGCUGGAGAAUGAGAAGUCGUCCUAUGGUGAGAUAUUCAGGAAGCACCUCUACGAUGACCCAAUGAGGGGGUUGCCUAGUGCAAUGGAGUACUACAAUAGAAACAUAAAUUAA